UUAUCUUCCAAUAUACGCAUACCUGCAAAAGCUAAUACAUACAUUUAUACUUUGAAUUUGAGAGAUAGAAAUCUACCCAGUAUCAACUUUUUAUCCAUUUCUUUACAAGACAUAUUUAUUUGUUACUGUUAUUCCGAAAGUUGUGGACGACAAAUCCAUCAUCAUUGACAUGAUGGAAGCCUUGACGAAUCCGGUGAUUCUUGAGCAUAUCUUCAGUAAACUCAGCCUCUCCGAUUUGAAAACGUCUCGUCUCGUGUGCCGUGAGUGGGACGAUGUAGCUGCCAGUUUAUUAGGAAGGUCGACCUUCCUCAACGUAAACAAGGUUUUCCCCUUUGACCCGGCAAACCUGUACGAAAUGGUUCGAAAUGGUUCGAUACACGAAAUGUUUCGAAAUGCUUCGAUCAACGAAAUGCCUCGAAAUGCCGGAAAUGCCAUUACUUCCGUGAACGAUAAACUGAAACAAUGUCUUUUAAUUUCGGACCACCGUCAAAGCUUAAUUCCAACGGACAAUCGUUUCAACAUUUUCACCCAAAUGAUGACCCAGACCCAGGACAUAUCUCAAGUUAUCCGCGAAAUAAAGUUGUUUUUCGUAAGCCAGAAGCAAUUCGCCGUCAGUUUCCUGAAAUGGAUAGCAGUCCUAAAGAUCACAAGCAUUCAACACGUUUCCAUCAGCAUUUCAGAAAAAGCAAGAAUCCUGCAGGAUGAAGAUCCAGUUCAAGAGUAUCCAAAACUUCCGAUUCAAGCUAAUUUAACGUCAAUCAAAUUCACUUGCCCAGAUGCUAAACAGGAGAUCUUACCCGUGUAUGAAACCUUCUUCCAAAUACUGAUCGAUUCCGCACCCAACUUGACCUCGUUGGACAUCACGGGAAUAUUCUACCCGAAUUUGGAACGGUCCAAAAAACUGGAGGUCUUGGAAUUUCGUUUCCAUCACUGGUCUCAUUCUGCUCCCACUAAACUUGACUUGACCAUUCUGGCAAACAUAUUGGCACAGGUUAAGGAUUCCUUGACCGAGUUGAAAUUUGGCUACAUAGGGAACGAAAAUAUUGACUUGGCCGAGAAUCUUAAUCCUCCUGUGAUGUCGGAACUUACCUCGAUCACCAUUUAUUGCAUGGACCUUUUUAGAAUCCGCAAUUUCCUGGACGAGACUCAUCUCCCCAAACUAAAAAAUCUAACCUUUUCCAAAAGCGGUUAUGGAAAUUCGAUCUAUUCAAAUCUGUGGCAACGACACCGAGGAGUUCAAUAUGUAAACGUCACCUGGUCGCUUAACUCACCUGGCGAGUUCGGUAAAACGGUUGUGCAGUUAUUCCCAGCCGUGAAGAAAUUUGAUUUCACUCUUUGGUCAUGUGGCGGAAAUUUAAUACAAAAUAUUAACAACAUAUUGGAACCGUUGGCAAUGUGGGACCUGAAAGAGGCCAACGUUGUUGUUCAUAGGGUUGAAGAAUCCUCCGUGUUGGUGGAAAUCGUUAAAAACAUGGAAAAUUGGAAGGGCAUUAAACGUGUCCACUUCGUAGACGCUGAAAUAAAAUAUGACGACUUUUCUCCCCGAAUUCCAGACCUCAUCCGAUACGGGAAAGGAUUUAAGAGCAUUAAGAUUUCUGGGAAUGAAAAUUAUGUUUUUAUGGAUCCAGGCCUGGUGGAAUUAAUGCGGCCCACUUUUGAAGCCAGUGGUGCACCGAUUCAUGUCACAGGAGGUGUGGCCCGUAGAUGUACUUGAUGGCCUAAUGCAUGUAUUGGAUGGUUUGGGAAGGACGUGUAAAUAUUUAAAUUAUACAUAAAAUGCAACUCAAUAAAAUUCAUUGUAUUUAAUGCAAUACAAUAUUUCGAUGAGUA